AUGUCUGGAUCAGGUAUUCUCGCUCAAUGGCAGGCGUCUCGUGCCGUUCUUGUGGUCCCAAUGGGCGACGUCCAGUUUCUUUCUUUCCAACAAAUGGCGGCCAUUGGUACCAGGGACCUUGGCUCAUGCUCUGUCGUUAUCAUAACAUCCGCACAUGGUGCCAUUCUUGCUCAUAUCCCUCCCCAACCCUUGCAACCAUCGCCCGACCCGUUCGCCGGUGAUAACAACGCUCGUUAUAUGAUGAGUCGCGUGGCUGCUCUAUAUCAACAAAACAGAGGGUACUUUCCUUCAGCGGACACGGCCGUCGUUUGUGCUUGGUUCCAAGGAGCUGUGGCUUUGCCUGAUCAGAUGGAGAUAAUGACUUCAUCUCUUCGACAACUGGGACUCAAUCCAGUCAUCAGAACAUAUCAUGUGCCUGGAAAUCGGAAUCUCCCUGGCCAGGGAACUGUGAUUGCCAUCAAGGUUGCCAACCAGAAUAGGGCUCAAAUAUACGUGGAGGAUCGUCCGAUCUAG